CUUGUGACUUGUCUAUUUUAGACAAGCAAGUACUAUUUGGAGUACCUUGGCCUAUUGUUUCCUCCUCGAGGCCGCUUUUGGGCUCCUGCUCGGUAUCCAGGGCUCGCAAACCAGAUCAAUCUUGUGUGCGGUCGAGACACGGGGAAAGUUCAUCGCCAAAUCAAGUGCAGUAAACGAGCGGGCCGGACCCUUCUCCAGUGGAGACUUGGGAGUAACGCACAAGCACAGCAGCAACAACAGCACUUUGGAGGUCAGAACAGCCGCAGUGGGAGCUUCGAAGGCGAGAAUUUAUAACUCAACCAGCAGCACUUAGAGAUCAAGUCCCCAAAGAAACCAACUCCUUCUUAAAAGAGGUCGAGUCUCUCUCUCUUUACCUUGCUGUGCUCCUUAUAUAUAUCUCCUUCUCGGAGACUACAUUUCUUCCACACUAUAUUAUCAACUCCAAGAACGAAGGCGGCGAGGUCUGCCCCAGCUCACCACCACCACCAUCAUCAGCCAAGCAUCUGCGGCAUGGUUCAAGAGAUAGAGGGCGAGUUCCAGGUUGGGAACGUUCGCCUGUACAGGAAGACAUGGCUCCCCGACGAUGCUACGCCUACCGUCGCUAAACUCGUCUUUAUCCACGGCUUCAGUGACCAUCUCGGCCGGUACUAUGGCUUCUUCCCCUUCCUCGCCUCCUCCGGCAUUGCCGUUUACGGCUUCGACCAGCGAGGCUGGGGCCGUUCUGUCCGCCGGCCCGCCGAACGCGGCCUGACGGGCCCGACUAGCCAGGUCCUCAGCGACAUCGCCGCCUUCAUCACGCAGGUGGCCAUCCCCGCGCCGCCCACGGCCUCCACGCCGCUAUUCGUCAUGGGCCACAGCAUGGGCGGCGGCGAGGUGCUGGCGCUGGCGAGCACGCCUGAGUACGCCGCCAGCGUGGUGGCGCCCGUGCGCGGGUGGCUUCUCGAGGCGCCCUUUGUGGCCUUUGACGACAAGGAGAAGCCCAGCGCGCUCAAAGUCUUUGCAGGCCGGCUGGCGGGCCGUGUCCUUCCUCAUAUGCACCUCGCCAACCCGAUCCCCGUCGAGUACCUGUCACGCGACCCGGCCGUCCAGCAGAGCCUGCAGGAGGACGAACUGUGCCACGACACGGGCACGCUCGAGGGCCUGGCGGGGCUCCUGGACCGCACGGCCGACCUGGCGAGCGGGAAGCUGAAGCUGAGCCCCAAGGUGAAGAGCCUGUGGAUCGGGCACGGCGACAAGGACAUCGCGACGAGCUAUCCUGAGAGCAAGAAAUGGUUUGAUCGGCAGACGCAGGUGGAGGACAAGACGUUCAAGACCUACGAGGGAUGGCUGCACCAGCUGCAUGCCGACGUGGGCAGGGAGGAGUUCUAUGAGGACGUCAAGGCGUGGAUCCUGAAGAGAAUCGAUGGUGGUGAUGUGAAGGGGAGUGCAGGAGGCGAGGUGUCCAAGGACGAUGAGAAGAAGGGCGACGAGGAGGAGGAGGGUAAGGUGGACUCUAAGCUAUAGUGUCUUUGCUUCUUCCUGCAGGUCAACACAACUCAAAGAUCUCGAAUCUCGGGCAUCUCGUUUAUGUCUUGCCGGGCAGAAAGGUGGAUCAGGGAGCCACUCGAGAAGGCGCUAUGGAUCCCUUCAGGCUGUUAUCUGGUGGGAAACAUGACUGGGCAUCACGUUUUGGCAUCAUACGUUUCUUAAUACUAUGGGGGCUCUUUUCUGCCAAUGACUUACAAGCAAUACAGUUUGUCAUGGCCCUUCAAAGCUCAGCACUCUCAGAUC